UGCCCUGCUCGGCCUCAUCAUCCCAAGCGGCACAGCAGCCUCGAGCUGAACUGAAGCAGGGGAGGGGAGGAGAGGAGAGGAGAGAGCAACGCGUUCACCGUUGAGAGAAGAGAAGGAAGUAAGACGAGCGCAAUGCGUCGCGUCACGGUGCUCGUUCUGCUCCUCGCCUGCGCGGCGGCGCGCGCCGCCGCCGCCGUCGUCACCGACGGGCUGUUGCCGAACGGCAACUUCGAGGAGGGCCCACCCAAGUCGGACCUGGUGAACGGCACGGUGGUGCGCGGCGCGAACGCCAUCCCGCGGUGGGAGACGUCCGGGUUCGUGGAGUACAUCGAGUCCGGGCACAAGCAGGGGGACAUGCUGCUGGUGGUGCCGCAGGGCGCGCACGCCGUGCGCCUCGGCAACGAGGCGUCCAUCCGGCAGCGGCUCGCCGUGACCAGGGGCGCCUACUACGCCGUCACGUUUAGCGCGGCGCGCACCUGCGCCCAGGCGGAGCAGCUCAACGUGUCGGUGAGCCCCGAGUGGGGGGUGCUCCCCAUGCAGACCAUCUACGGCAGCAACGGGUGGGACUCGUACGCGUGGGCGUUCAAGGCGAAGAUGGACGAGGUGGCGCUCGUCAUCCACAACCCGGGCGUGGAGGAGGACCCGGCGUGCGGCCCGCUCAUCGACGGCGUCGCCAUCAGGGCGCUGUACCCGCCGACGCUGGCCAAGGGGAACAUGCUCAAGAACGGCGGGUUCGAGGAGGGCCCCUACUUCCUCCCCAACGCGUCGUGGGGGGUGCUCGUCCCGCCCAACAUCGAGGACGACCACUCGCCGCUCCCGGCGUGGAUGAUCAUGUCGUCCAAGGCCGUCAAGUACGUCGACGCCGCGCACUUCGCCGUGCCGCAGGGCGCCCGCGCCGUGGAGCUGGUGGGGGGCAAGGAGUCGGCGCUGGUGCAGGAGGUGCGCACCGUGCCCGGGUGGACGUACCGCCUGUCGUUCGCCGUGGGCGACGCGCGCGACGGGUGCGCGGGCUCCAUGGUCGCCGAGGCGUACGCGGCGAGGGCCUCCAUCAAGGUGCCGUACGAGUCCAAGGGCACCGGCGGGUACAAGCGCGCCGUCCUCGAGUUCGCCGCCAUCGCCAACCGCACCCGCGUCGUGUUCCAGAGCACGUUCUACCACACCAUGACCGACGGCUCGCUCUGCGGGCCGGUCAUCGACGACGCCUCCCUCGUCGGCCUCCGCAAGAAGACGGCCGGCCGGCGGCUGCUCCUGUAAGACGAACGGCCGCGUGGCAUCGAACGCCGUCGCAUUCCCUCCAUUCUAUGAAUAUAUGAAUACAAGGCGCGGUUAAACUUGGGGGCAGUUGGCACGACCAAAGUUGGGUGCUAAAAUGGGUAGUAUUGCUAGGCUCGUUUUUUUGGUUUUGGUGUGUACUCUGGUAUAUGUACGCGUGUGCGCGCGUUGCAUGGUUAUACUUUGGAGCUGCGCUCGUUUGGUGUUUUGUUGUGAAGAGGAGAGGUGAUACGUGGUGCAAGGUCUGUCACAAGGGGUUUGGUUGAUCAACUUAACCGGAGGUGCCAACCUAAACGCACCAUCAGACAUUAUGAAUGGGAAGCAUUACUAGUGCUCACUUUUUUAUAAGUCAAUUGUGUAUUUUUAAUUCUGUUCUAAAAAGCCAGAUCCUUUUUGAAA